AUGGCAACUAGUUUCAACAUAGAAACAUUACCGGAUGAUUGUGUUUCAACAAUUCUAUCGUACACAUCUCCACAAGACGCAUGCAGAUUCUCAAUGGUUUCCUCAACUUUGCGCUCUGCUGCUGACUCUGACAUGGUUUGGCGCAGCUUCUUUCCCUCUGAUUACCAUGACGUUGUAUCCAGAGCUGUGAAUCCUCUCAUACUCAAAUCCUCUUCAUACAAGCACCUCUUCUAUGCUCUUUGCAAUCCACUUCUCCUAGAUGGGGGAAACAUGAGCUUCAAAUUGGACAAGUCUUCCGGUAAAAAGUCUUAUAUCAUAUCUGCAAGGGAGUUGUCGAUAGCAUGGAGCAAUGAUCCAAUGUAUUGGAUUUGGAGAUCAAUGCCCGAAUCAAGAUUCCAAGAGGUGGCUGUGCUCAGAACAGUGAACUGGUUAGAAAUUCAAGGCAAAAUCAGGACCCGGAUUCUAACACCAAACACGAUAUACGGGGCUUAUCUCAUAAUGAAGAUUACCCAUCGAGAAUAUGGGCUUGAUUCCGCGGCAUCUGAGGUAAGAGUUGCUGUGGCCAAUGAGGUGAAAAAUGGGAGGGUAUAUUUGUCCAGGAAAGAUGAGAACAAGCAAAAGGAGGAGACUCUGUUACAUGGGAACCGAAUGUUUGGAAACAUAUUGAUCCAAGAUCGAGGGAUUCCAGUUCCAUCCCAAAGAGAGGAUGAUGGGUGGAUGGAAAUUGAGCUCGGAGAAUUCUUCAGUGGUGAAGCUGACCAGGAGGUUAAGAUGAGUCUUAUGGAGGUUGGUUAUCAAUUGAAGGGAGGGCUUAUUGUUGAAGGCAUUGAAGUAAGACCUAAACAAGUUGGACCAAGAAAAUUAGGUUUCUGUAAUCCUCUUGAUGCAGAACUCUGGGGUAUCCUCAAAGGUUUAGAGCUGGCCUGGGGUACUGGUGCUAGGAGAGUGGAGUUGGAAUGUGACUCAGAAAUUGCUCUUAACACUAUCCAAGAAGGGAGCAACAAUCACAUAAACUCUCAGGUUGUUUCCCGUAUUUACAAAUGGCUUGCUGAAGAUUGGGAUGUUCGUUGGGUCCACACCUUUUGA